AUGGCUUACAGAGCUGACACAGAGCUGAAAACUUGGAACUGUGGACUGACACGUCUCUCUGAGCCGGAAAACACAAGUGCUGAAGAAGAAUCUGCUUUGCAUGUGGAAGACGCUGAGCUGGAUUUAACCCCCGAUGCUGUCCUAAGGGUUGCGGGAGAGGCUUUCUAUGUCAACCGUGAACAUCUGGCUCUGCAAAGUACCUACUUCAGGGCUCUGUUCUUUGGCUGUGGUGUGGAAAAAGACCAAAGGCUGAUAGAAAUCAAGGGUCUUAGUCUGGAAAGUUUCAAGGUCUUGGUGGAAUACAGCAAGACGAGCAGACUGGAUUUGGACAGAGAAAACGUUCUGGGAAUACUUGAGACUGCAGACUUUUUACAACUGGAGCGAGCCAGACUGUUGUGCUGCAAGUUCUUGGAGCGUGAGCUGCACCUCAGUAACUGUUUGGGGAUGAUGGCUUAUGCUUGGCAGCUGGGCUGCACUCAGUUGUACGCUGCAGCACGACAGGUGGUUCUCACACACUUCUCUGCAAUCUCCGCCACUGAGGAUUUCUUGUCCCUUUCCAAAGAGACAAUAGCAGACCUGCUUGCCAGUGAUGACCUGACCAUCUAUAAAGACGAUUUAGCCCUGGAAGCCACCUUACGCUGGGUGGCCUUUGACCCUAAAAGAGAGGAACAUUUCUUAGAGCUUGUAGAGCUGGUGAGGCCUGAAUCUCUUUCUUUACCAUUUAUCACGGCACUUUUGACCAGAAUGAAAAGCUCUGACCCUCGAGCCAGACUCAUCAUCAAGCUGAAUGAAAGUUUCCCAGCAUCUUGGUCAGUGGGCAAAUCAAUAAGGAGGACCAGAGUGAGAGACACCCUCUAUGUUCUGGGUGGACCUCAUGAUCAGCAACAACAGCCAAUGUAUCAGUUUCACCCCUCGAGCGGUAGAUGGCAGAGCUGUGAACCUCUGCAGAGGAAGAACCUAACUCAGUAUUCUGUUGCUGCAGUAGGAGAUAAUGUGGUUGUGACAGGUGGCUACUUCAGAGAUGUGCUGUGGUUCAGUGUGGACUGGGUCAGGAUAUAUGAAUGUGGGAACCAGCGCUGGGUGGACGGUCCAGCCCUGCAGAAGUCCAGACACAGCCACUGCUCCGUGGGACUGGAUUCAGCUCUGUAUGUUCUGGGUGGCUCCAUGGACGAGGGCCUCGUGGCUGAUGUGGAGAAGCUGGUCCUGGGGUCAGAAGAUGGUUGGGAGGGCGUGAGCCCCAUGGUCAGGGCAGUGGAGAGGGCGGCCGUCACUGCUAUGGGCUUGUGUAUCUAUGUAGCUUGUGGUCUGGAUGAAAAUGGGGAGGUGUAUGCUGGAAUUCAAAGGUAUAUGGUGAUGAGUGAUCAGUGGGAUGUGGUCUCCUAUUCUCCAUUUCCACGGUAUGACUUGGUUGCCACUGAGCUCAACGGCGCCCUCUAUUUGUUUGGAGGCCAAGCUCUACGUCUUGACGUGGAGACAGAUGAAUGGACUGUGAUGGAGGAGGAAUGUCUGGACAAAAAGUUCUUCUGUGGCUGUGCCACGGUCAGCGGCCAGAUCUACCUGGUCAGUGAGCGCAAGAGUAACAAAGCAUUCCCAAACAUGGUGCUGAUGGACCCUUACAUAGACACUUGCAUUGAGAUGGAUGAUGCCAUACCCUGCCCUGCGCCCAGCAGAGGAUGUGUCACCCUGAGAAUCAGCACCUGAUUGGCUUAGUAAAAUGUAUUAUUCGGCAUCAUUUUGUUUAUGUGCUACCAAGCUUCAUUUCCGUGAAAUAAAUGAAAAGUAAAAAAACUUUCUUUUUUUAAACAGGUUGAAUGAAAAAAUAUUUUUAAGACGAGCACUCAUUUAUUAAAUAUUUGUAAUUUAUUAAAAGUUUUCAACAGGCCACACAAUAAACAAAAACAUCCAUGUGCACAUAUUGUAGAACAGUCGAGAAUAACUUUCAUGGAAACAUAACACUUCUGCAUUCAUAUCUAAUGAAAAACACAACAAAACACAACUACACUGUAGUGGGUCUCUAAGUGUAAUUUAGUGGAUUAGCCCUUUUAAAUUUAAAUCCUGCUUGGUAUUUGUUCUGUAUCUACUCCUAUCACAAACAUAACUGAGCCGAAAAUCAAAAGAUAUUGUGCACACAGACAGCGGAAACUCCUUUUGACGAGCUCACCUUAGUAAACUAUAGAGUCAAAGUAAUCAAUAAUGUACUGCGGUCUAUGUUUGUGUGGAGCAGUAUACAGUAGAUACUAACCAGCGCAUUUGUGCAGUGUAGUGGAAGGAAAAGGCAACAUUUUCUUUGCAAAUUACAUGAAAUAAAUCAGAAAUGAUUAAAACAUGCCACUGAGCUUUAUAGAAGUCUGGACUCUUCAUGUUAUCACAGUUUUUCUUGAUCUGAGAUGGAAAGUCGUUAAUCGUUGUAGCUACAUUCAGAACUGAAACAUUUCACUGAUGCCCAACUGUGUGCAUUCCCACAUGUUCAUCCUGAC